CAUUCCAUCAUUUUUUAGAGUAAUACACACUAGAGAGUUCUCCCAAUUCCUUUGUCUUUGUUCUUGUUUCUUUGCUUGCAAGUGAGUUGGGAGAAAGGCUGCCUAGCCCUCUAACGAAAUUUAGAGCUAGUGUCGCACGAUUGAGAGUAAGGUCGUGACAAUUCCUUCUGAGGAUUGGGCUGGGUACCUUGCAAUUGGCUUCUCUUGUGCUUUAAUUAAGACUUCGGAAAAUAUCCUCUCUUUUAGGCUUUGUCUAAUUCUAAUAGGUGAAAAUCCUCUUUGAUCUUCUCAUACAUGUUCCAUUAAUUCUCCAUAAUUGUCCAAAUGUGAAUCCAAAGUAUCCUAGAUUUUAUUUUACAUUAAAAAGCACAGAAACAUAGCAAAAGGGCUUAAAAAAUACAAGAACAUAGCUAAGGACUAAUAAUAGCUCAUUGUCAAAUAGUUAUGAUAUUCAUAUGUAAAACUCCUAAAAAUGCAUUAUAAAAGGGGGAAUCAAUUAUACACUUCAUCAAAUUAUAAUUCACAAUUAUAAACUUUCUCAAUUCUCAUGCAUCAACAUCAAGCUUGAUUUUUCAUGUCACUUUUACUAUUUUUAUUUUAUUUUUAACCUCAACACUUAUUUUAAAAAUAAGCAAACAUGUAAUAUAAUCAUUAUUAAUAGAAUUUGAACACACAACCUAUCCAAGUCUCAUAUUAUUAUGAGUUAAUAGUAUUUUUUACCACUCUACUAUUGCAAAGUAACAAACGUACUCUCUACUAAUUUUUUGAACGGACAUACCUUUCUAAUAUUAAAAUAUAAAAAGAUGCCUUUUCGUCUAGUUUUCUAUUAAAUAGCUGUUAAAUGGAUGGAAAAUGACAAAAUUGCACCAUUAUUUUAACCAUUUUGUAUCACAAAAUCUAAGGCUGGGAAACGGUGUCCAGACCAGACUAUAUAUACGGCUAUGGUCCAGACCGAGAGACUGGAGUAAAGACCAGACAGAGAGGUUGUUCUUUGCAUGCAGAAUGUCUCUCUCGGCCUCGAGUUCUUACACUUGCUCACGAAGAGAUCAUGGAACCUAAAGAUUCUGCAGCCUCCUCCUUCCAUACUCUUGAAAAGCGGUAAAACUUUCUUCCUGGAUUCUAUUGUGUUCAUGAAUGCAGUUGCAUCGCUCUCACGCCACACCAACCUAACACAUUCAAAGUGUGGUUUCCAGCUCCAUUAAAGGAUGAUUCCUGAGAAGAGGAUGUCAUCAUCUGUAAGCACAAACCAUUCCCAUAUAACAUAAUUCAGUGAAAACAUAAGAAUUUAGCUAGAGUCAGUUUUAGGAUGUUGGAGUGUAUUUGAAAGCUUUGUACAUAAAACUGAAGGAAGGAUUCAGGGGGUCGUACUUCCCCUUAUUUUCGAUCAUUACUUGGCAUUUAGUAAAAUAGGUUGAUUGGGCGAUUAUAUUAGCCACGUUAGUAAAAAACUGACAUCGUUAAUGGAGGUUAACGGAGAGUGACCAAAUAUGAUAUGUUUUAGUAAACAUAAUGACCAUGAAUGGAAUUAAAUAUUUGUAGUGACCAAACAUAAAUAUUUUUAGUAAUUUUAAUGACCAACCUUUCAAUUAACCUCAUAAUCCGUGCUCCCAAAUCCAAAUAUACCAAAGCUUCGAGUCAAAACCCACAAAUUGAAUACUGAAUUUCUAUUCGUCGCCCUAAAUUUUAAAAAAAUUCGCCCUAAACCAUACUGAAUUGACGUUUUUAUCCCUAACUCCAAUUUCCCUAAUUCGUAGUAAUUGUCCCCCCCCCCCACCAGCCGAUUGUCGGCCGUCACUGUGGUUCCCCAAAUCCGUCGCUGGUGCCGUUCUGAUAGUUAUGUGUUUGUGUGUGUGAAUGUGACCUUUGGCUAGCUUUGGUUCCUCUUUUCUUCAUUUCCUUUUUGUUUGGUUCUGCCUCUCGCUUCUUCUCUGCUCUCUCUCUCUCUCUCUCUCUCUCUAAAAACGAGGAAAUGACGAUAAUAUUUGAUCGAUUUUCUUUUUUCCGCGAGCUCCCGGCUUAGUAGCGGUAGAGCUGCCGAUUCCACGGCGGGGAGACUCAGGAUGGUCGGAUUUACGGAAAAUCUAAUUCCUCCCGGCAACCGAUUGUUUCGCAGCACGGACGUGGAGGAUCUUCCUCUCCUUCUCUGGACUACAAUGGUGGAUUCGAGCCUCCACUGAUUUGUUACUCGCAUUUGAUUUCAUUCAAGAACUACUUCCAAAAAACAAAAAUUCAACUUAAAAGUUUCAAUUUAACUUUUCAGUAUGCUUGUGAAUGCUAAGUUGUGAUUCCAGUAACCAAGUCACCAUCGUUCUAUCUCCCAACCAUCGAACCUGCACCGGAGGCAAUUAUGUGGUGAUUGUUUUAUUUUUUUUUAAUUACAUGAUUAUUGUUUUAGAGUUUAAAAUUGAAAGAAAAAAAAACUAAGGACAUUAAAGUAAAUUUAAUAUUUUAGGGCGACGAAUAAGAAUUUUUAGGGCGACGAAUAGCAAUCCCCAUUGAAUAAUGCAAACAAAUAAUUUGACAUUUACCAAAUCCUCCUAUCCAAACUCACCUAAUAACAUAACAGGUCCACAACUAUCGGGCUCAACUCCUCUUGGGCUUCUGUUGUACUCAAGGCCUUAUUAUGGUGUCUUGCAAAUUGCAAUACAGGUCCAUAUAAAAACAAAUCCAAUUCCGACCAGUACGAGGAGGCACCACUUACCGCAACAGAUACUUCGACCACCGCUGCUCCUUCCAUACUCCUUUCUCCUCCGUGGCGUUAUCUUCGGUCUGCCAUGGCGACCGGGAACUGUGCUUCGGCUUCGAAUCCGCGGCUUUGCAUCUCCAAGAAACGACCAUGGAUCCGUUCAACAGGAGUAAACUCCAUCAGCAAACUUGCGGAGGAUCUCCUCCAAGAAAUUCUGAUUCGCAGCUUUCUGAACCCUAGAUUCGCCUGCCGGAGCAAACUUGUCUGCAAGCGAUGGAACUCCCUGAUCUCCAGUCCCUCUUUUAAUUGCCGUUUCGUUUCUCACCGCCAGAGCAUCAACGAACUGCAACCACCUCUGGUACUUUCCUCAGAAGACCAGCAAUCGAUCAUCCCGGGCUUUGUCCCUAUGCCUACUGUCGAUCAUGAGCUGCGUUUCUCAGUUCUGGAUUCCUUCCAGGACUUGCUUCUAUGUGGGUUUCAGAUGCCAGAAGACCUUGAUGACGAAUUCCGCAGGUCGUACUUCCUUUGCAAUCCGUUUACGAAGCAAUGGAUCGCCCUUCCUCUGGCGCCUUGUCGGCCGACGAGGUGUUCGGGAUUGGUCGCAAGGUUAGUUUGUGAACCCCGAAAUUCUUAUAAUCUUGAUCUAGGAGAUGGCCGAGCAGGAUCUGUUGUUUAUUCUGAGUAUCGAUUCCGGGUUGUGUGUUUAUAUCAACAUACGAGAAAGUCAAAUUGUUGGACAAGACUAGACAUGUUUUGUUCCGAGGCAGGAGAAUGGAACAAGGAUCCUCUUGUUGUUGAUACCCAUUUUUACUGCGACAGAAUGAAUGUAGUUUCCUGCAAUGGAGAGUUAUUUUGGGUGUCUAUUCAGCGUCAUUAUAUGAUUGCUGUGUUUAAUCCUUUCUGCCCAGAGAUACCUCCUUCUUAUAUCAAUGCUCCUCAACUCCUGAAACCGUGGUGGGAUAUUUCGGUGUCACAGGGUGCUUUGCACAUAUCAGUGUUCAACAGCAAACCUGAAGGUGGUGAUUCAAUAAUUGCCUCAAGUAUUUGGAGAUUAGACGAUGACCAUAAAUCUUUUAGCCUAGUAUGUGAAGGUGUGUUAAAGACAGCCCGUCCAAGAUCUAACCCUAGGGUUCAACUCGAUGAUUUCUUCCUAGAGCUAGAAAGGAGUAUGAGUGCCUCACUGCACAGUAUUGUCCUUCCUUAUCUGCAUCCAGAGAAGCCGGAGAUUGUCUUCUUCCAUUAUCUUGGUGUGAAGGGAGCUAUCUUGUCCUGUGAUUUGAGAAGGGGAGACCUAGAGUUCCACUCUGAACUUAGAGUACUACUUUCACCCCGUUGGGCAUUAUUCCAUCCUACCAUUUCUUGUUGGCCUAUUCCAAUUCCAAGGUACGAAGAAUUGCGAGUUAUCUAUGAUGGAAGCUAUAGCUGUUGGGUUCAGAGCAGCAAACCAACAACUCCCGCAAUAACUGGACCAACAACUCCUGCAAUAGCUGAAGAACGCCAACUGAUUGACCGAUAUGGUCAUGGGAGGAAGGUCACCUGAUUAGCAUCAUAGGGCUCGCGUUCUAUGAAGGGUGAUGGCAUUAAAAGGAAACUAUGUAUCAAUUAAAGGGAAAAGGGAGGAGCUCCACUGCUGUGAUUGGUGUUCAUGCACUCCAGGUUUUUUUAAGUAGUUGAAUUCUAAGUUAUGGAUUGGGUACACGGGUUGAAUUGCUGCUCACACUCCCUACCUCGUUGUGUCCCUUCCCUUUCGAAGUGGAUGAUAUUUUUUGGGUGUUCAGUUAUGUAUCGAAUGCCAAUGAUUUUUUUUUAUUUCCUGCUUAUAACUCUGUAGAAGUAUUUAUUGUUUAAGCAAACGAAUAUAUAUUUCUGUAUCAAUAGAAAUGGUUUACACCCCAUUUUUGUGUCUUGUACAUCUCAUAAGUCGAUGCAAGUAACUUACCUUAAUCAUAUCGAGGACAUCUUUCUGUAUUAACUCGUCUUAUUUCGAGUUGCUUAAUCAUGCUUAGCGAUUGUACUAUACUGAACUGUGACCAAAAUACUCUAUUGAUUGAGCACGCUCUAUUUGCAGCCUACCAUAUGAUAUGUAGAAUAUCUAUACAGUUGACGGGAGGGAGGCAAAUAGGCUGAAUUAUCUUCUGGGAUUGCGAAAAAUAGUGCAUUGUAUUUGCGAUGAAAUGUGACUUCCUAACAAAACCAAAUUGUUCAUAGGAUUUCUGGUGCAAACAUGGUGUCAUGGUCCUGUAAUGUGGUAUAAAAAGUUAAGAGUGCAAUGAUUCCCUUGUUGGUCGUGUUAAACAUUUGAACUUGUUUUCACUCCAACCAGAAUGCAGAUUGCUUAUAAUAACACCAUAACCAUUGUGUAUUAUGGUCUAAGUAGCUUGAGGACUGAAUUGAAGACAACUUUCCUCCUAGGUUUAGUUUUCCGAAAUAGCUUCUCACUUUAUAAACCAUCAGCAACUGGUUUUUGUUGACAAUUUUCCAAUGCUUUUCUCUGCAACUACUGGUUAUGGUCGAUGCACAACCUUCAGACAUCCCCUCUUCAUUCUGCAUACUUAUAGCAACUUAAAAUGGAUCAUUUCAUUGUAAAGAUCAAUGCACUUGCGAUCUGCAGGUAAUUUUGGGAUUCAAAAGCAGUCUACUAACAACAUAAAAUUGAAAUGUACCAACUGGAUGCUCUUUACUUCUACAACUGAAAUUACCAUGAUAUUCAGCAUAGUUAGCAGAUGAGGCCAUCUGACCAAGAUGUUACUCGCCAAGAGUUUCAUACGACACUGACAUAACACCUUCAGUCACCUAGAGAUGUCUAUCACAUGUCUGAUGAAGACCACGAUAUUGCCCCAAAAUGAAAGAUUUAUAAACUCACUCUAGGAAUCAACUCCUCAAUGAUCAACAGGGGGAAAUAAAGAUCUUCAUGUCUC